ACGCAGCAGUACCAAAAAAUGGAAAGUUACCAAACGACGCUUGAACGUCUUCUUUUAGAAGCAAAAAAUGAUCUUGGAGAUGAACACGUCCAAUUCGUCCCUGUCUAUUUGACGUGUUCCUUACAGAAACUGGUAAAUCAUUUUAUUUCUAUAUUUACGAUGUACAAAGAAGAAUAUAUUUUCAAGAAGAAGCUUUUAUGUGAAUUCAAUCGAAUAGAGGAAAAGCAAGACGGUAUGGUGUUGCUUACUGUUUGGAUGAAUCAACCUUGUAUCAAUAUGGACAGGACCAAAGAUUUUGAUGAGUUAUGCAAAAUAGAAAAAGAAGAAUGGGCAAAAAGAUUCACGUAA